UCUGGCUGACAACAGAGGCGUGGCAAAGCACUGGUUGACUUUCGAAUCCAACGUCACCGCUUGUCCGCCAUGGAAAUGACGUCGCAAUCAUCUCCGGCGAACCUCCGUCCCGGCUCUUUUUAUCUAGGCGUUGAUGUCGGCACUGGAAGUGCUCGUGCUGGCAUUUUUGAUGAUGGUGGACGCCUUUGUGGAUGUUCUAGUUGCCCCAUACAAAUAUGGAAAGAUGGUGAUUGUGUUGAGCAAUCUUCAACUGAUAUUUGGCUUGCAAUUUGCACGGCUGUGAAAGCAGCAUGCUCUCUUGCAAAUAUUUCUGGACAGGAUGUAACCAGCUUGGGUUUUGCUGCUACUUGUUCUCUUGUUGCUGUGGAUUAUGAUGGAGAGCCUGUGACGGUUUCAUGGACUGGGGACACACGAAGAAACAUUAUUGUGUGGAUGGACCAUAGAGCUGUAAAACAGGCUGAGAGAAUUAACUCUUCGAAAUCGCCUGUAUUGGAAUAUUGUGGUGGGGCUGUAUCUCCUGAGAUGGAACCUCCAAAGCUUUUGUGGGUUAAAGAAAAUUUACCGGAAUCUUGGUCAAUGGUAUCUAGGUGGAUGGAUCUAAGUGAUUGGCUAUCAUACAGAGCUACAGGUGAUGACACUCGAAGUCUGUGCACAACUGUUUGCAAGUGGACCUAUUUGGGCCAUGCACACAUGGAGCAGAUUAAUGAGAAAGAUUCUCGGGACAUGGAAGCUCGUGGCUGGGAUGAUGAUUUUUGGGAGGACAUUGGAUUGGGUGACCUUAUUGAUGGUCAUCAUUCCAAGAUUGGGCGAAGUGUAGCUUUUCCAGGUCAUGCUUUGGGCUCAGGACUGACCCCAGAAGCUGCAAAAGAACUGGGUUUGGCAGCUGGGACACCGGUUGGUACAUCAUUAAUAGAUGCUCAUGCUGGUGGCGUAGGCGUGAUGGAGAGUGUGUCUGAUUCAAAAGAGGUUGAUGAAGAAGCAAUAUGUCAUCGAAUGGUGUUAGUAUGCGGAACUUCCACUUGUCAUAUGGCUAUUUCUAAGAGCAAAUUGUUCAUUCCAGGAGUGUGGGGGCCAUUUUGGUCAGCUAUGGUGCCGCAAUAUUGGCUAACAGAAGGAGGCCAGAGUGCCACAGGCGCAUUACUUGAUUACAUUAUUGAAAGUCAUGUUGCUUCCCCACGCCUCAUAAAUAAAGCUGCUUCUCGAAGUAUUUCGAUAUUUGAACUUCUUAACGAGACACUGGAAUCAAUAAAGCAAGAAUCAGGAGCUCCAUUUCUAGCUGCUUUGAGUAACGACAUCCAUGUCCUACCAGAUUUUCAUGGAAAUAGAUCUCCUGUUGCAGACCCUAUUUCAAAGGGGAUGAUAUGCGGAUUGACACUCGACAUGGGUGAAAAACAGUUGGCGCUUUUGUACCUGGCAACAGUGCAGGGAAUUGCAUACGGGACACGGCAUAUUGUUGAGCACUGCAACGCUCAUGGACACAAAAUCGACACCCUACUUGCAUGCGGCGGGCUGACAAAGAACUCAUUGUUCGUUCAAGAGCAUGCUGAUAUUACAGGUUAUCCUAUAGUCCUUCCCCGGGAAAAUGAAUCAGUCCUCUUGGGCGCUGCAAUUCUCGGCGCUGUGGCUUCAAAAAAGUAUUCCACUGUAAGAGAAUCCAUGAAAGCUCUAAAUGCAGCUGGGCAGGUUGUGUAUCCCUCUAAGGAUGCAAAUGUAAGGAAUUACCAUGAUGCUAAAUAUCGAAUCUUUCGUGAUCUUUACAAGCAGCAGUUAUCCCAUCGCGCUAUAAUGAAGGAUGCUUUGUCCUAACUUGCAACAGACUUCAAUGUGGAUUCUUCCCUUGAUGCCAUGCCAUGCCAUACAAUGAAAAAACAGAAAGAUAAGAAAAAUUCUUCGAUAUCUCCUGAACUUUCAGAAUUUACAGGUGUUUUAGUUUAUAUUGUUCCGCAGCUACAUAUUUGUUUUUAGAGAUUUAUUUUUACACUUGGAAUAAGAAACAUAUAAGCUGUGUUCCUUUA